AUGUUACAAGUCCGCCCAGUUGCUAGACGCUUCCAGUUGACUCUUAACCAGCCUGAACAUUAUGUGCCAGUCAAAGACUUUCUGCUAUCCAAUCCAAAUUUUAAAUAUCUUAUAUCGUGCCAGGAAAAAGCUCCAACCACAGGCCAUGACCAUAUCCAUAUAUUUGUGUGCUUCUCCAAAACAGUACGUCUGAAUCCUUCUCUCCUCCAUGGUGCUCAUAUAGAACUUUGUAGAGGCUCCAAUAAACAGAAUGUUGCUUAUAUUCGCAAGCAUAAUGAAAUCCUUGAUGAAAUUGGAGAAUGUCCUGUAGAAGGACGUCCUAUUAAGACUGUCAAAGACUUGCUUGAAAUUGAUGAUCCAGAAACAGUACCAGCUUAUUAUCUUAAGAGCUGGAGAGAAGUGAAGACUAUGUUCUGCUCAAUGACUAUUGAUGAUGUAUACAAACCAAAUGUAGAGAUUUAUUUUAUAUGGGGGAAAAAGUGGAGUAGGAAAAUCGAAGAAAGUCUUUGA